ACGGGACCGACAAGGAGGCAGCAGGAGCAGCAGCAGCCGCCCUACCGCCGCCGGCCACGUGCCCCACCGCCCGCCCGCCCGCCCGCCCGCCGCCUCCUCCCCCCCAUGGCCGAGCUGCGGGCUCUGUGCGGGGGCGCCACAACCGGCCUCGGGCCUCUCUGGGACUGGAAUGUAACAUGGAGCACGGAGAAUCCCGACUUCACGCAGUGCUUUCAGCAUACCGUCCUCGUCUGGAUCCCUUGCCUUUACCUCUGGGCCUGCGUCCCAAUCUACUUGCCGUACCUCCACCGUCACAACAGGGGCUACAUCCAGAUGUCGCAUCUCAACAAAACCAAAACCGCCUUGGGCCUUUUACUGUGGAUAGUCUGCUGGGCAGACCUUUUCUACUCUUUCUGGGAAAGAAAUCACAAUAUUUUCCGAGCUCUGGUUUUUUUAGUUAGCCCUACAGUUUUGGGCAUCACCAUGCUGCUUGCCACGUUUUUGAUACAGUACGAGAGGAUGAAAGGGGUCCAGUCUUCAGGUGUGAUGCUGACUUUUUGGCUUAUUGCGCUGUUGUGCGCAGCCAUCACCUUCAGGUCCAAAAUACUGCUGGCCUUCAGCAUGGGCGCUGAAACGGAUGUGUUCCGUUUCACUACCUUCUCCAUCUACUUCAUUUUGGUGCUCCUGCAGCUGAUACUGUCCAGUUUCGCUGAGCAGCCGCCUCUGUUUUCGAAAGCGGUUCACGUCCCUAACCCUUGCCCGGAGUCUGGUGCUUCUUUCCUGUCCAAAAUCACAUUCUGGUGGAUCACAGGGUUGAUGGUCCAGGGGUAUCGGCAGCCUCUGGAAGCGAAAGAUCUGUGGUCGUUAAACAAGGAGGACACAUCGGAAGAAGUGGUGCAGGGCCUGGUGAAGAACUGGGCCAAGGAGUCCGCAAAGGCAAAAGGGCAACCUGUGCCAAUGAUUUAUUCCCCCAAGAAGCCCACAAAGCCGAGUGGCUCGAGCGGGGACUUGACCGAGGAGGCGGAAGCCCUGAUCCUCAAGCCGUGCCAGCGAGAGAAAGACCCCUCCCUCUUCAAGGUGUUAUACAAGACCUUCGGGCCGUACUUCCUCAUGAGCUUCCUUUUCAAAGCCUUCCAUGACCUGAUGAUGUUUACGGGGCCUGAAAUCCUCAAGCUGCUGAUUCGUUUUGUGAAUGACAGAGACGCUCCCAGCUGGCAGGGCUACUUCUACACGGGUCUCCUUUUCGUCUGUGCUGGCCUGCAGACGCUCGUCCUCCACCAGUACUUCCACAUCUGCUUUGUGACCGGAAUGCGGCUGAAAACAGCUGUAAUUGGUGCUGUCUACAGAAAGGCCUUGGUCAUCACCAAUUCAGCAAGAAAGACGUCCACUGUCGGGGAGAUUGUCAACCUGAUGUCGGUGGAUGCUCAGAGGUUCAUGGACUUGGCUACCUACAUCAACAUGGUCUGGUCUGCGCCCCUUCAAGUGAUCUUGGCCUUGUAUCUGCUGUGGCAGACUUUAGGCCCUUCAGUGUUGGCCGGUGUGGCGGUCAUGCUACUGCUGGUUCCCGUGAAUGCUGUGAUAGCCUUGAAAACCAAAACUUACCAGGUUGCUCACAUGAAGAGUAAAGACAACCGGAUUAAGCUGAUGAAUGAAAUUCUCAAUGGGAUCAAAGUGCUGAAACUUUAUGCUUGGGAACUGGCCUUCAAAGAGAAAGUUUUGGGGAUCAGACAGGAGGAACUGAAGGUGCUGAAAAAGUCGGCUUACCUGGCGGCCGUGGGCACCUUCACCUGGGUGUGUGCCCCAUUUCUGGUUGCUCUAUCAACAUUUGCUGUGUAUGUGACGGUCUCUGAGAAGAAUGUCUUGGACGCCCAGAAAGCGUUUGUGUCUCUGGCCCUGUUUAACAUCCUCCGGUUCCCCCUGAAUAUCCUUCCAAUGGUCAUCAGCAGCAUCGUGCAGGCCAGUGUCUCUCUCAAGCGUCUCCGGGUGUUCCUGUCCCACGAAGAGUUAGACCCAGACAGCAUCAUUAGAGGCUCCAUCAAAGACUCUGACGGCAACAGCAUUGUUGUGAAAAAUGCCACCUUCGGUUGGUCCAGAAGCGAUCCUCCAUGUUUGAAUAACAUUAGUUUUGCCAUCCCAGAAUGCCGCCUGGUGGCUGUCGUGGGUCAAGUCGGCUGCGGCAAAUCCUCGCUGUUGUCUGCGCUGCUGGGGGAAAUGGAGAAGAGAGACGGCCUGGUCUCUGUCAAGGGCUCUGUUGCCUACGUCCCUCAGCAGGCCUGGAUCCAGAAUGCAACUCUGAAGGAGAACAUCAUCUUCGGAAGGGAAGGGAAGGAGCGCCACUAUAAGCGAGUGGUGGAGGGCUGUGCCUUACUCCCUGAUUUGGAGAUCCUCCCUUCCGGGGACAAGACGGAAAUUGGGGAAAAGGGCGUGAAUCUGUCCGGGGGCCAGAAGCAGAGGGUGAGCCUGGCCAGAGCCGUCUACUGCGAUGCCGACAUCUACCUGCUGGACGAUCCCUUGUCAGCAGUCGACGCUCAUGUCGGGAAGCACAUUUUUGAGCAAGUCAUUGGACCCAAAGGAAUGCUGAAAAACAAGACACGGCUUUUGGUGACCCACGGGGUGAGCUACCUGCCCCUCAUGGACAUGAUUAUAGUGAUGACGGAGGGCAAGAUCUCCGAGAUGGGGUCCUACCAGCAGCUGCUGGAGCAGGACAUGGCCUUUGCGGAGUUCCUGCGGACCUACGCCAGCGCGGACCAGAACGUCUGUGAUGGAACGGCCGGCGGAGGAGAAGAUGCAAAAUCAGAAGAGGAGGAAGAUACAAACAGCACAGCAGUGAAGGAAAGGAAAUCCCUGGAGAACGGGGCAGUUGUCAGCGAAGGCUCCGGGGCACAAGUGAUGAGGCAGAUGAGUAACUCGUCCACAUACAGUGGAGAAACCGGGAAGUCCAUGCCCCUGCAGAACAGCACAGUCGAGCUUCAGAAGUCCUCUGAGGAAAAGACCGCUUGGAAGCUGACGGAAGCCGACACUGCCCAGACUGGGAAGGUGCAGGCGGCCAUUUACUGGGAGUACAUGAAAGCCAUCGGCCUCUUCAUCUCCUUCCUGAGCAUCUUCCUCUUCCUGUGCAACCAUGUGGCUUCGCUGGCCUCCAACUACUGGCUGAGUCUGUGGACAGACGACCCCGUCAUCAACGGGACUCAGCAGCACACAGACGUCCGCCUCGGAGUCUACGGGGCCCUGGGAAUAUCUCAAGGCAUCGCCGUGUUCGGAUACUCCAUGGUGGUCUCGGUGGGGGGGAUAUUUGCCUCCCGUCGCCUGCACAUUGACCUGCUCCACAACGUGCUCCGGUGCCCCAUGAGCUUCUUCGAGCGGACGCCCAGCGGGAACCUGGUGAACCGCUUCUCCAAGGAGGUCGACACCAUCGACUCGGCCCUCCCGCAGAUCAUCAAGAUGUUCAUGGGCUCCCUGUUCAACGUCAUCGGGGCCUGCAUCAUCAUCCUGCUGGCCACCCCCAUUGCUGCCGUGGUCAUUCCUCCGCUGGGGCUGGUCUAUUUCUUCGUGCAGCGCUUCUACGUGGCCACCUCCCGCCAGCUGAAACGUCUCGAGUCGGUCAGCCGCUCCCCGGUCUACUCCCACUUCAACGAGACUCUUCUGGGCGUCAGCGUCAUCCGGGCCUUCGAGGAGCAGCGGCGCUUCAUCCGGCACAGUGACCUGAAAGUGGACGAGAACCAGAAAGCCUACUACCCCAGCAUCGUUGCCAACAGGUGGCUGGCAGUGCGCCUUGAGUACGUGGGGAACUGCAUUGUCCUCUUUGCUGCUCUGUUUGCCGUGGUGGCUCGCCACAGCCUCAGUCCAGGCCUGGUGGGGCUCUCCAUCCUCUACUCACUGCAGAUCACCACGUAUUUAAACUGGCUGGUCCGCAUGUCGUCUGAGAUGGAAACGAACAUCGUCGCGGUGGAAAGAGUCAAGGAAUACUCUGAGAAGGAAAAAGAGGCAGAUUGGACCAUGAAGCCCACCUCCGCUCUUAGCAGCUGGCCCCAGGAAGGCAAAGUGGAAUUCCGGGGCUACGGGCUGCGCUACAGAGAGGACAUGGACUUAGUGCUGAAGAACAUCAACGUCACGGUCCACGGAGGAGAAAAGGUGGGCAUAGUCGGCAGGACGGGUGCUGGGAAGUCCUCCCUCGCUCUGGGCCUCUUUCGAAUCACCGAGGCUGCCGAAGGAGGUAUUUUCAUUGACGGGAUCGACAUUGCCAAAAUCGGGCUCCACGACCUCCGCUUCAAAGUCACGAUUAUCCCCCAGGACCCCAUCCUGUUCUCUGGCUCCCUACGCAUGAAUCUGGACCCUUUCGACCAGUACUCUGACGAAGAUGUUUGGAUGUCUUUGGAAUUGGCUCACCUGAAGAACUUUGUGUCCACCCUGCCCGAUAAACUCAAUCAUGAGUGCUCAGAAGGUGGAGAAAACCUCAGCGUCGGGCAGCGGCAGCUGGUGUGCUUGGCCCGGGCUCUCCUGCGGAAGUCCAAAAUCCUGGUUUUAGACGAAGCCACGGCUGCUGUGGACCUGGAAACAGAUGACCUCAUCCAAUCGACCAUACGGACUCAGUUCGAAGGCUGCACAGUGCUGACCAUCGCGCAUCGGCUGAACACCAUUAUGGACUACACACGAGUAAUAGUCCUAGACAAAGGUGAAAUUGUGGAGUGUGGCUCUCCCGCUGCCCUAAUCCAGAAGAAAGGCAUCUUUUACAGUAUGGCCAAAGAGUCUGGCCUUGCGUAAUGCAAGCGCUCAGUUCCUCUCUCUGGCAACCAAGCGUCCAAAUGCAGAGACCGCAUCUGUUGAAAUCCGCAGCUGGGAAACCUCAGGCCAAAUAAUUCCUCUGAAGAACUAAGUUUGGGAACCUGAUGAAGAAAGAAGUCAUCACAGCCGGUUCACCUGUUCUCCCCCCCUCCCUUUCCCCCUUUCUCACAUUUUGCUAUUUUGCACGUUACAUGCAAGUGUCGGGGUGGAGCUUGGGUUUUGCUCAAGAGUCCAAACUCUGCAGAUUUUCUUUGAGGCUCCAAAAUCCGGCUUCCUUUGAAGAGUCAAAAACGCUUCCGGUCCUCUUUUUCUCUUCUGCUGUGUAAGAGGUGCUUUUUCUAAAGGGCAAUCAGCAUCUCCCCCUCCCCGCCCCCCCUUGAAAGCCAGCCUUUGAAGGGUGGUGGUGGCUUGGAGCGCCCCUGUCUUUGAGUCGGGUUGGGCUUUUGACAUUUCCCCUUAAGUGGAUCAGAUUUUAAAAAUGAUCCAGUCCAGGUAAUUUUGAUGGGUCUGGGUGGGAAGACAUAUUUUUUCUUUGCUAAAGUCAUUCCUUUGGUUUGGUGAAUGAAAAAGUGAUUUGCAGUGUUGGCAUUCGUUUCAGACUCUCCUCUGCCGCCAGCAUGGGGAUUUUUUUUGUUCUUUGAUUUAAACAUAUCAGUGAAAUAACUGACUUGACCAACUAGUAUAACCUACACCAGGGGCAAUUUUACUACUUCCGCUUACUGAUGUGUGUGCCUGACUGGCAAAAAGAAUUUCUUUUGGCCUUUCCCCCCUCGCAUUCUGUUGCUUACCUCAGGAGGAUUUGCCCCCAAGUUCGGCCCGCCUCUUGUUCUUCAGAGUCUCCAUUUAUCAAAGCUUUUGAAAGGAAGACCUCUGUGGAUCUAAUGGCUCAACCAACAGCAUAGAACUGUCAAUCUUGAAUUUAACUGCUGACUUUGUAAUUACUAAAGAAAUAGGCAACAUCUAUUCUUAGGCGGAAAAAAAGAUUAUUUAUUAUGUUUUGUACAUACAGUUCUUUAAAGUUGAAUAAACAAAUUUACUUUGGUA